CACUAGUUGAAUAUCUUAACAGCCCUUUAUCUUAUCAAUACAAAUUGUGUACUUCAGGCGACUAUAGUUUUUUCUGCAUUCAUACAUAGAAAUGGUCGACAACUAGUCGUAGUUCGAUAAACAAUGAAGACUAAAGAAGUGUAUGCAAUUCUCGCCGCUAUAUUAUAUUUUCAUGUUCUGGGAGUAGAGGGUGACUAUCAUGAAACAAACGAAUCCAGCGAUCCACAUUAUGAAUACAUACAAAUAUUCAGAAGCAUACCAGUUCUCUUUGAAUAUUUACUAAAUGUAAUAGAGGUAAGGCCUGAAAUAUUGGAGAAUAACGACGUCACAAUGUUUAAGAGAAACCUUGAUGGUGAGUAUGCGGAAAUGGAAUCUUGUGAUGAAAAUGAUAGAGACAAACGUGAAAAUAAUGAAAAGGAAGACAAUGUAAAUAAAAGAGACACUGAUGGUUCUAAAGAAGCUAGAACGACUGUAGCUUACGAAUAUGGUAACAGCAAUGUUGUCAUGAAAGGCUUGGAUGAAUUCGAGGAAAGUAAAGUAAUUGCUAAAAGAUUUUCUAAUAAUGGUAAUCUGAAUGAUAAUGCAGUAGAUGGUAUUUUUAAAAGAAAAGCUAUAUUUAAAUUAGAUGACGAUACAAGAGAUAUGUUCCAUAAAUAUGGUAAAGUGUUUCUUGGAUUUGAACACAUGUUUGGUUUAGAUUUGAAUCCUGAGGACAUUGAAGAUUGUGCAAUUACGACUGAAAAUCUUUUGGAACAAUAUAAUAGUAAGAAAGGAGACAAAGACAAAUAAAAGGUCAAUUUAGUAGGUACACGAUUUAUUGUUCAAAUUAUAUUAAAUGAGGGACAAUAAAACACUCUUGAGUAUGUUCUAUUCUUCUUUUCCCUGAAAUUUCCAGUUUAAAGCUGAACAACUACUACCAGGUAAGUGGUGA